CUUGGACCUACCGUUUGGGGAAAUUUCAAAUGAUGAAGAUUUUCAUGGCAAUUAUUAUAAGUUGCAGAGAAUCAUGGCUCGCCCAAUCAGUGGCAGGAACAUGGAAGCACACAGUAGAUCAGCAGAUAUAGCAAUCAAAUCAAGAAGUCUAAGGAUUUCAGGCAACAAUGGCAAGUAUGUUGGGUGGAUGUGGGUGUGGAUGCAUUUUCUUCUUGUAUUACUUCUCUCCGCCACAGCAAUGUCGGUAACCGUCGUGGAGACUCUGCCGGGGUAUUCCGAUGAGCUUCCGUUUAAUCUGGAAACUGGGUAUGUGUCGGUGGGGGAGACGGACGAUUUACAGCUGUUCUACUAUUUCAUUGAGUCUCAAAGAAACCCAGUGAGGGACCCUCUUGUGCUUUGGCUCACCGGAGGCCCUGGUUGUUCUGCUCUCUCCGGCCUCAUUUAUGAAAUCGGACCACUAACUUUCGAUUUCGACAGUUUCAAUGGUAGCUUCCCAACACUUAGGGUGAACCCACAAGCAUGGACCCAGGUAGCAAACAUAAUAUUUCUAGACGCACCUGUUGGGACUGGAUUCUCCUACUCUACAAGCUCUGAAGGAUACUACAGCUCCGACACAUCAUCACCUUAUGACAUUUAUACUUUUCUUAGGAAGUGGAUUUUGGACCAUCCCAAAUAUCUCAAAAAUCCGCUUUACAUCGCCGGAGAUUCCUAUUCCGGCGUCAUUGUUCCCCAGGUCUCUAUUCUAAUCUCAGAUGGUAAUAUAGCUGGAAGCCUACCACCCAUGAAUCUCCUAGGGUACAUCCUCGGCAACCCAGUAACAGAUCAACAUGGUGAUGAGAAUUCAAGAAUAAAAUAUUUCCACCGGUUGACACUUAUAUCUGAUGAACUUUAUGAAUCAGUCAAAGAAAGUUGCAAGGGCGAAUAUGUUUAUCCAGAUUUGACCAAUUCAACAUGCCUAGAUGAUAUCGGCCUUAUUGCAGAGUGCACAAAAAAUGUAAACGAUGCACAAAUUUUGGAGCCCAAGUGUAGCUUUGCAACCCCAAGACCAAAAACCAUGAACUGGGGAAGAAAAUUUUUUGAUGACAUUCCCGACGAGAUCAUCCAAUCACCACCAACUAAACGCCAAGAGAAUUGGUGUCGGAAUACCAAUUAUGUGCUCUCUUACAUCUGGGCGAAUGAUGCAACUGUCCAAAAAGCUCUUGGCGUUCGAAAUGGGACAAUUACAGAUUGGAAGAGAUGCAAUAAAAGUUUGGCUUAUGAAAGCAACCUCAACACGGUGGUCCAUUAUCAUGAAGAACUCCUCAUUACGAGAGGUUAUCGAGCUCUGGUGUACAGCGGUGAUCACGACAUGAUGAUUCCAUAUGUGGGUACACAAGUAUGGGUAAAAAAUCUGAAUUUGCCAACAGUUGAUGGUUGGAGACCAUGGUUCGUUGAAGGACAAAUUGCAGGAUUCACAGAGAAGUAUUCAACCGUUAAAGGAGAUGGCUUGACCUUUGCUUUAGUGAAGGGAGGGGGUCACACAGCUCCAGAAUACAAGCCAAAAGAAUGCCUUGAAAUGGCUGAUAGAUGGAUGUCUUUCUAUGCUCUCUAAUUAGAACUCUAGGAAUUUGUAUCAAGGUUUUUCUUAUUUUUGAGCAACGAAGCUUGUUUAAAAUCCCCCCCAAUAUUUUUGCUUAUGUAUUCAAUGUGA